GGUGUCAGCUCGGGCCCACCGCGCGCGCCGCGAGCGCGCGCGGGCGGGGGGCGCGCCAUGCACGAGCCGCUGCAGGCGCCCGCAGAAGGCGAUGAGAGGCGGAAUGCUCUGCUCGCCAACGUGGGGGCGGCCGUCGAGUUCGUGCGGCGGCACAGGUGUUGCGUCGAAGUGAUCACUGGCUUGAUGGCAGCUGUCGUAAUCUCAACCUACGUGCUCUACCCGUCCGUGGCAGUGGCAGAGGUCGAGUUGCCCACGGUGAUGGGGCAGCCGCACCCGCAGGUCGCCUCCACCACGCCCCUGCCCUUCUCGACGGCGGCGCCGGCGCACCCGUCCACGACCCACGUCGAGCCGCCCGCGGCGGCGCACGCGCGGGUGGUGCGCCUCGGCGCGCCGGCGCGGCUGUGGCAGACGGCGCCCGCGGCGUCCGCCGCGGGGGCCCGGCCGGCCCGCAUCGUCGUCGGUCCGGCCACACGGAAGGAUCUCCGCGACGUCAUGGAGAUCGAGGCGAGCGCCCAGCAGGAGGCCGACGGCAAGAUCUGGUACCUUUUGAGCCCGGAUCUCGACGUGUACCCAGUGCUGGUGGACGCCCCGGAUCUGCGCGGCUACGAGCUUCUGGACAACGACGGGAGCGUGCUGUUGAGGUCUGGGCUCCGCCGGGGCGCGAGACCGGUGUACGGCUCCGAGUGGGUGCCUACCGCGCUGGAGCUGGUGGACGCGAUGGAGGCGGUGGCCCCGCAGGUCAGGCCCGAGCACAGGAUGUCCAAGAAGGGUCCGCUUCCUCCGACGGGGGCAGCAGUGCAGACACCUACGGACUUGGUGAAUAUAGUGACUGGGAGUGAAAGGCUCCCGGAGGUCAAGCCGCUGCGCUGGUACGUCACGGCGGGGCCCAACAAGUCGGAGAUCGACGGCCUCUUCCCCCACUCCGUGGUGGACGAGUUCGCGCGUUCGGAUGACAUGGCCAUCGCUGUUGUCGGCACCGGCGCGUACACCCUCAGAGCCCUCGACCCGAAGGAGGGCGUCGUGCAGGUCAUCCGAGACGACCGCCUGCUAGCCAUGGCGAAGGACAGCAGCGGGAUCCGCAAGAAGCUGUUCAGGGACGCCGUGCUGGAGGUCACGGAGAGCCCGUGGCCAGGGUGGCCGCUCUUGGGGCCGCGCACCACGGCCUGGUGCGUCCGCUUCAUUGCAGAGCAGGACAGCCACCCCCGGGCCCGCCACACCAAGUGGCUGCACGAGACGGGGCUCACCCAGUCGGACCCGGGGGUGGCUGAUCAUGAAGUCGCCAUGCGGGCCUUCGAGUUCGGUCUCGUGUAUGACCAGGUGAACGUGGGGGAGCUCGUGAGUUUCGAGCUGCUGGCCCGGCGGGCGCAGAUGGCGGAGUGGCGAUACCGCGACCGCCUGGCGCCCCGCCGGGCCGACGAGACCGCGGAGGACGAGCACCUCUACAUGGGCACGGGGGAGACGAGGGGUCUCAUCAUGAUGGCCCCGUUCUUGGUGGAGCACAUCUCGACGGAGCUGCACCGGGAGAGCCAGGUGAUGAAGGAGAAGAGGAAGUUGAGGGAGGAGCGCCAGCUCGCCAAGGGCCACGGCGCCGACGGCGACACGAAGGAGAGCCUUCGCAAGAAGGAGACCCUGCAGGCGGCCGCGAUACCGGCGGCCGCGGCGCAAAGUGACGACGCCAUGCCCGCGCCCCGGGAGCUGCUGCCCGUGCCGCUCCCGCGGGCGCCCUUCGACAGCAGCGGGCCUUCAAGCUCAUGCUGUCGUGCCGUGCGUUCUCGUCUUCGCCGCCACCGGCACGUCGACGGGUGGAGCAUGGAGGUGCAUCAGGCGUUCAACUGUCUCCACGGACGAGGGGACGCCGAUCCUGGGUGCCCGCCCACUCUAGGGCAAAGUUUUGGUUCUGACCACGUGCGAGCUGCUGUCCAAAGCAUCGGGGCUCCUACGAUCACAGGCGCGGCAGCCUUCAAGGAGCUGUGCGCCAGCAAGCCCGGCUACACAUCGACGCCGGUGAAGCCCGCCGCCUUCCAGCGCGACCUCGUCGCGCUGCCCUCGCCCGGCGCCAAGUGCGAUGGCGCCUGCAUCCUGCAGGGCGAGGCGCUCGACCUUUGGGAGGAUUGGCAGCAACGGUUGUUGCGGAAGAGCCCAGAUGUCUCCGCCGUGAAGCCGCACUGCGACGCGAAGCUGAUGCAGAGCAAGUCCAGCUACGCCCACUUCGUGGCUGACUUGUACGACGCCGGGCUGGGUUUGCUCUUGGAGCCUAGUGACGAGCUGUGCCUCUCGCAAGUUGAUGUGGAGGCUUGCUUCUACCGCAUGCGUGCACCUCCCGGGAUGGAGGAGGUUUUCGUCUUGCCCCCGCUGGACUGCGGUGCGCUUCGCCGAGUUCGGCCAGACAUCGCCGUCGGCGGGGACGUGACAUGUUCCCCCUUGCUCAUCGUUCUGCCUAUGGGUUGGAACUGGUCACUGUUUUUUUGCCAAGAGAUGGUCACACAGUGCGUGCAGCGUGCUGGUUACCCGCCGUCCCGUAUUAUUGAAGACAAGCGGGCGACUCCAUCCCUGGUCGGCCAGACCGCUGCAGCGGUGUAUGUCGACGGAGUCGCAGUGAUUGGCACGCAGAGCGCGCAGACCGUGCAGGACUGUCGUAGCAUUGCCGAAUCCCUCCUCGCAGUGGGCCUGGUCACCAAGGACAUGGAGCUGCCACAGGACGAGCAGCCGUUCACCGGGCUCAUCUUCGAGAAGGGGUCCGGGCGGAUCUCCCUCUCGCGCAGCCGGAUCUGGAGGAUCCGACGGGCCUUCCAGUUUGCCGCCGAGGCCGACAAGCUCACCGGCGCGCAGAUGCGCAUGCUCCUGGGACACUACACCUGGGCAGCCAUGCUGAGGAGGCCGCUGCUGUCCGUCUUCGCCGCCUGCUACUCCUUCGCGGAGAAGGCCGGGGACAUGGCAUGGCGGCCUUGGGCUACUGUGCGUCACGAGCUCAGGCUGGGCGCGGCGCUGGUGGCGAUGGCCUUUGUAGAUUUGCGUCGGCCAGUCGCCGCCACUGUACUGGCUACCGACGCUUCUGGCGGCGCACGGCAGGGCCGCAGCCUGGCCCCAGAUUUGGCGCCGCCAGGGCUCGAGUCGGCCACCGCUGGCGAUCAUGGGGGCUUCGGCGUAGUCAGUCGCGAAGUCCCCCGCUGCGCCGUGGCCGCCGCCCUUCAGCUCAGCGAGAGGUGGAGAUUCAAGACGCUCGACUUUUUAGGGGCCCGGGCAUCAGCGCUCGGCCUCAAGGAGGAGCAGAAGUUUUACGAGAUCGGUAAGAGUAUAUUGGGUUCUCAAGAAGACUGGAAGGUUUGUUUCUAUGGGCGGUUCAACAGGGCCGCCGACAUCGUUAUCCUGGAGGGGGAGGCUCUGGUCAUGGGGGUCCGCCACUUCGUUCGCAACACUGCCAACCAUGGACGUCGCCUGCUGCUGCUAUGCGAUAAAAUGGGGCUGGUGCUCGCAUCAGGCAAGGGGAGAUCUUCGGUGCCGUCGCUCAACCUCGUGCUUCGUCGGCUCGCUGCGAUCUCCAUCUUUGCCAAUAUCGAUAUCACAGUACGGUGGAUCCCUUCAGAGUUGAAUCCAGCAGACGCCCCUUCGAGACUCCCAGCAGCCAGGGCUCAGGACGCCCGCCUCGACCUCCGCUCUUUCGGAGGCCGCCCUGCACCAGAGCCCGACGAUGGCUCGCUAUGGCGAGCCGCUGCGGAGGCGCUCGCCGCAGAAGGGCGCCCGCGGCGGCGCGACCCAGGCCUUGCCGGCCUCGGCGACGCUGCGGCGCCCGCAGCGCUGGCAGGGGGCUUCGGGGUCCACCGGGGGGGCAUCGGCGCGCAGCCGAGCGACUCCUCGGACAGCGACUCGGAGCCGGAGUCCACGGCCAGCUCAGGUGACGCCAGCCCCAGCGGAGAAAGCUACAGCACGAAGAGCGAGGCUGGCGGCCGAGCGGACCAGGCGCGCAAGAUCAGGGCCUCGUCCAACGUGCACUUCGUGACCUCGUACCGGAACUUCGACAACUGGUGCCAGACGCACGCCGUGCCCGUCCAGACCGCCCACGAGAUCGACAAGGCCAUCAGCGAGUACAUGGACGUGCUCUACUUCGACGGGAUGCCGUCGGACGUCGCAUCGAAGACGAUCGCGGCCGUCCUGCACUUCCGCCCCGCGGCGGUGGGCGAGGCCGAGUUGGCGGCCAGCAGGGCCGCGCUGAAGGGCUUCCGCUUGCUCGCCCCAGCCCGCACACGCCAGCCGCUGGUCCGCGAGGCGGUCUUCUGCCUGAUAGGGCUGGCGAUGCUGGACGGCGAGUCGGGGUUCGCGGAGGCCCUCAGCUUGGCAUGGGACACAGCCCUCCGCUUGCCCAGCGACCUGAUGCAGUUGCGAAGUCCGUCCCUCGUGCCGCCGCAGCCCCGCGUGGAGAUCUACGUGUGGAGCCUGCUGCUGUACCCAGAGGAGACCGGCCUGCGCAGCAAAGGGAAGCAGUUCGACGAGGGGGUCCAGCUCACGCGAUUCGGCCAGCUCUUCAAGAAGUACGCAGAGAUGAUCAACCUCAGGGACCCGCACCCAUACCGGGUGCGACACGGCUCGGCGAGCUGGGACAUCGCCAGCGGGACGCGGAGCCUCGAGGAGGUGCAGGCCCGCCUUCGGCACGCCAGCGCGACCAGCACCCAGCGGUACAGCCGAGCUGCUCGCUACACCGCGGAGCUGGAGCUGGCGCCCGAGUCGGUCAAGGCCUUCGGCGCCGCGGUGGCGGACCAGUGGGCCUUGACGCUCCAGGGCCGAGGCCGCCUGCCGCCCCGCCCGCGGCGCCCAGAGAAGCCGUGGUGA